UCCUGCUUGAUCUAUAGCUUAAUUCGUAUAUUAAUUUGACUCUCUAGGGUUCCCCUUUCUCAGUUUUGAUUUUCCCCAAUUACUUCCCCUACUUUUUUUUCUCUCUCCUUCGAAUUUCGGUUCUUCUGGGAGCUCUCACCGUAGUUUCUACUUGAGAUUUUAACUCUUUGCUGGUCUCAUAUACAUCUUAUUUGCGUCAUUGUUUUGUUAAUCGUUUGGAUUGGAUGGUAUUACGCUGAUGGAGAGUCUUACUUGGAAUAUGGAUACGGUUUCUGGAAUGGUUUUGCUAAAUUGUAAAUGUGCGGUGGGGCUUUCAAUCAUCUCACAGACCAACGAAUAUUUCCUUUGAACAUAAGAGGAUGGAGAGUGGUGGGCAGUAUGAAAAUGGGCGGUACAAGCCCGAUUACUACAAAGGAACAGAGUCUGUGUGGAAUAUGAUGCCUCAGCAUCAGAUAAAGGAGCAACAUAAUGCGCUGGUGAUGAAUAAGAAGAUCAUGUCCAUCCUUGCUGAGAGGGACGCAGCAGUCAAGGAAAGAAACGAAGCGGUAGCAGCAAAGAAGGAAGCAUUAGCCGCUCGGGAUGAAGCACUUGAGCAACGGGACAAAGCUCUCUCUGAAAGAGAUAAUGCUAUAAUGGAGAGAGAGAGCGCGUUAAAUGCUCUUCAAUACCGUGAAAACAAUCUCAACUACAUUCUGUCUUGUGCAAGGCGUGGUGGUUCCCAAAGUUGUGUAACUGAAGAAAGCCACUUACCAGACCCUUCCCCUAUAUCAACUAUUCCACCUGAAGCAGCCAACACGAGACCAGCCAAAAGGAAAAAACAGAGCAAACAGGAAACACGGUCAAAGGGGAAGAAAGUGGGUGAAGAUCUGAACCGUCAGGUUGCUUCUCCGGGAAAGAAAUGCAGAAAAGACUGGGACAGUAACGAUGUCGGUUUAAACCUAGUCACAUUCGAUGAAACGACGAUGCCGGUGCCCAUGUGCACUUGCACCGGGACUGCUCGUCAGUGUUACAAAUGGGGAAAUGGCGGGUGGCAAUCAUCUUGCUGCACAACCACUUUGUCUCAGUAUCCGCUCCCGCAGAUGCCGAACAAGCGGCAUUCUCGAAUGGGCGGUAGGAAAAUGAGCGGAAGCGUCUUCUCCAGGUUACUUAGCCGUUUAGCUGGCCAAGGGCACGAGCUUUCCUCUCCUGUUGAUCUCAAGGACUAUUGGGCUAGGCACGGCACGAAUCGCUACAUCACUAUCAAGUAGCCAAGAUUUGUAAGUCCACUAUAUGUCAAAGUAUGUUUCUCUCUCCAUCCUUUUUUUUUCUGUUUUUUCCAUCUUAGUGUUAACAAUUAGGUUCAAAAGUCGAAUGGAAGAAUGAAGCUUAGGCUCAUUAUUGUUUUUAUUGUCCAUAGUUCCGUUAAUGCAAAUGUUUACUAUUGUUUUGACUUGGUUUGAUUUUAUGUAAUUAAUAAACAGUCUAGUGAAUGA